GGCCGGGCCCGGCGGAGCCGCGCCGAGCCGAGCCCCUGCCGCCGCGCUCGGCAGCGCCCGGCCGAGCUAAGAUGGAGCCCAGGGCAGCGCCGCCGAAGCCUGAGUCUCGCCUGGCUCGCCUGACCCUUCAUUUCACUGCGGCCAGGAGGAGCCCGGAGCCCGCCGCCGCCUCCUCUCCCUGCUCUGCAGGGACCUCGCCUGCCACGGUCUGCCUCCCCGCCGCCCCCUCCCACGCCGCCGGCGGCGGCCCCGGCCCCUCCGGGGUGGCCCUGGGGUCAGUGUGGGGUGCCCCGCCGGCCCCCUCCGCUGCCGCUGCCCGCCUACCCCCGCUCCCGGGCCGCCCAGCCCCGCCGCAACCUUUAGCCGGGGACAGACCUCUCGGCUGGUUCCGCACAAGACGCCAGCAGCCGCUUCCCCUCUCGCCGCCCUCCCCUCCCGUGCUUAGCCCCCCUCCCCACCCCAAUAAAACAGACCCCCCUCCCUCUGGCCCCAAAGAGAAACCCACACCGCCCCCCCCCACCCCCCCCUUAGCACAAAUGCACAAUCACGGGCGAGGGGAGGGAGAGGGAGGAAAGGGCGAGAGACGCGAAGAAAGAAGGGGGGAAAGGAGAGAGAGGAAAAAUUAAAAGGGCACAAGGCUGUUCAUCACCAACAUGGCUGCCUUAGCUCAGACCUAAAAGAGGAAUAACCCAGGCUGUGUCUUUGUCAGUUUCACCUCUGUAACCCUAAACUAAUGCACGAAACGACGGAGGCGGCUGCAGAGGGGAAGGAGACGGGGAGAGGAGGAAGGAGAAAAUGGCAAAAAGAGGGGGCACUUACGUGAAGAGAGGCGCUUGGGCUGCUCCUGCUUCCUCCUGGGCAUUUUCCCCCUUUU